UCGGCCUCGAUUUUCGGGGAGUUGUCGGCGGAAUGAUGCUGGAGUUUGGAGGCGGUGUUUGUGGAGAUGUGUGUUCCGGGAGAGGUCCUCUGUUUCCUGUUGUACGUUUCAAUAUCCGUUUGCUCAUGUUAGGUUAGAGUUUGUAUUUGCACCUUGGGUUUGCAGUGACGAAUACUAGCCUCUGUUUCUCAGUUUCAGAUGUUGUUCUUCCAGUGAAGGUUCAAUACAACAACCUGGAAUGGGUUAAGAAUGUGACCUGUUCUUCAGCUUCUACAUUUCCAGACUUGUUGCAUUUUAAAAAUUAAUUAUUGAUUGCAUAUCUUUGAUUGUAGUUUAAUGUCUCGACUGGGUAUUGCUGACACUGGCACAGUUUGAAGCAAUAAAGGAAAAUGUCAGUGGCUCUGACUGAAGAUCAGAAACGGCAGAUUGAAGCAAAUCGGUUGAAGGCACUGGCCAGGCGAGCAGAGAGGUUAGCGUUGCAGCAGCAGCAAGCACUAUCUCAACAGAACUCUGCCUUUCCAUCCGGUAACUGGAAUGGCUUGCAGUACACCCCAACUCACCGUCACCUUGGACUGGUACAGCAGAGCGAUUCUACAGCAAAGGUGGCAUCAUCUGAAUGCACUGGACAGCAAAGGGCUGCCAUUAUCGACACUGUUCCUCAAGCCUCCCUCAGUAUGGAGAAUGGGGCGACCAAGUUCACUCUUCUGGUAGCACAACCUGACUCCACGACCAAAAGCAAUCCAUCAUGUACAACUGAGGAAAGGAAUAUGCUGGCAUCUAACAGUUUGGAGCAGGAGACUUGGGCUGGGACAAACUCGGGGCAAUCUAUUUCUGGCAAUGCCCAUUUUCAAUCAGGGAAAAGCCAUUUCGGUUCAGCUGAAAUCUCAGUCGGAAACGGGAGCAAUAAUUACAGAGGCAGUUGUGUGAAGUACUCUAAGGAUCGAUUUCGUGUGGAAAUUGGAUAUAAUGCAGAGCUUGUUUCAAUGUUCAGAACAAUCCCAAGUAGAAAUUUUGAUAUGGCCACCAAGAUGUGGAACUUCAGCCUGGAUGAUUAUAACCACUUGAUGGAGCAAGUGAAACUGGUUCCAAAAAUCACGUUAAAGCCUCUAGAUGGAAUAUCCGAACCCAAGAUGGCCAUGACCACCAGUUCAUUGCCAAAGACUGGGAGAAAGCAGUGUUCCGCAUUAACUGUAAACCAACUGGCAAUGUUGGGAAGGAACUGGAAGAAGCCGGCUGCAGUGGUACAGGGACAGUUUAGACUUCUGUCACGGUCCCGUUGUGAAGCUGAGAUUGGUUAUCAUGCAGAGGUUCUGAAAAUCUUCAAACAGGCCAAGUCCAGACAUUAUGAUAUGAAAACGAGGAAGUGGAGUUUCCUGUUAGAGGAUUACAGACAGCUGAUUGAUGCACUAUCAAAGAUCUCUGAUGUGCAAAUAGAGCCAUUCCCACGAGGGGUGCUGGAGAUCUUCCUGCCCCAGUUCGAAAAGACCUCUCUGGAGCCUGUGGAAGUCCCAGAAGCUGAUUUGUCAGCUGUCGAUCCCAAACUAGUCCAUAGCCUAAUGCCAUUCCAAAGAGAUGGAGUAAAUUUUGCCGUAUCUCGGGGAGGCCGUUUGCUGUUGGCUGAUGACAUGGGACUUGGGAAGACACUUCAAGCCAUUUGCAUUGCCGCAGUUUAUCGGAAAGAAUGGCCGGUGCUUGUCAUUACACCAUCAUCUGUCCGAUUUACCUGGGCACAGGCUUUUAGCCAAUGGUUGCCAUCAUUGGAUACUAAGGCUAUUGACGUUAUACUGACAGGAAAAGAUCGAUUAUCAUCCUCUCGUGUCAGCAUAAUCAGCUAUGACCUGCUCGCUAAACUCAGGAAUCAGUUGAUGGAGAAACACUUCCAGGUCAUCAUUGUAGAUGAAUCUCAUUUCCUGAAGAAUAUGAAGACAGCCCGAUGCAAAGCUGCUCGCCCCCUCCUCCAGGCAGCCAAGAGACUCCUCCUUCUCUCUGGGACACCAGCCAUGUCCAGACCAGCUGAGCUGUACAGUCAGAUAGCUGUGCUCCAACCCAAACUGUUUUCAAACUUCCAUGACUUUGGAAUCCGUUACUGUGCUGCCCAACGGUUGCCGUGGGGAUGGGAUUACUCAGGAUCAUCCAAUUUGGUGGAACUGCGGCUCUUGCUUCUGGAGUCCCUCAUGAUCAGGCGGCUAAAAUCUGAUGUCCUGUCACAGUUACCAGCUAAGAGGCGCAAGGUGGUGCUAAUACAGCCUGAGGGUGUGAGUGCGAAAGCCAGAGCAGCAUUGGAGGCAGCUGCAAAAGAGAUGACAAAAGACCACAAAACGAAACGAGAGAAAAAGGAGGCUUUGUUGCUCUUCUACAAUCGUACAGCGGAGGCCAAAGUCCGAUCAAUUGUAGAAUAUGUGAAGGAUCUGCUGGAGAGUGGCCGGGAGAAAUUCCUGGUGUUUGGGCAUCACCAGCUGGUACUAGAUGCGUUGUGUGAGACUCUAGGAGAGAAGAAAGUUAAAUUUAUCCGUAUUGAUGGCUCCACUUCCUCCUCCGAUCGCCAGUCCCUGUGUGACCAGUUCCAGUUUUCGGAGCAACGCUGUGUAGCUGUGCUGUCAAUCACAGCUGCCAAUAUGGGCUUGACUUUAUCCUCUGCUGAUCUGGUGGUCAUUGCUGAACUUUUCUGGAACCCUGGUAUCCUCUUUCAAGCUGAAGACAGAGUUCACCGCAUAGGGCAGUCAAACUGUGUAGAUAUUCAUUACUUGGUUGCUCGAGGCACUGCUGAUGAUUAUCUCUGGCCCAUAAUUCAAGAAAAGGUCAAGGUUCUUGGACAGGCUGGUCUGUCAGAAAACAACUUUGCAGAGACUGAAACAACAGAUUAUUUUCAACAGGGUCCGAGGCAGAUGAAAAUGGUUGAUUUUCUCCAAACAGCAUUUGAUUCUGAAGGCAUAGAUGAAGAAGUUCUUCUGCUUGAAGCUGCUGAUGUCUGUCUUAAUUCUCACCGGGACACUGGCAUCGACCCUGGAAGCAGCUUCUGCACUGACACUGGAAUUUCACAACAAUCUAAUGAUACAGAGAGUCCCCCUAAAAAGAGACGGAUUGAGGAGUAUUUUACCAAAUAAUGCGAUACUAUUUGAAAUAAGAAAAUGCACACAUUUGUGUAAAUGAAUACAUUUUGUAAAUAAUGUAUAGUUAAAAUGGUCAUAAACUGAAACAAUGUUUUACAAAGGUGUGCAACUAAGACUCCGUUAGUCUUGAGAAAUUUGGUGAAGAAUAUUUAUAGUUUUUAUACCUGCAUCAAGUGCUAAAUCAUCUAGAAACAACC